AUGGGAGAUUCAUCAACUUUGUCAGCUUCAAAGGAAAAAGAAAAAUCCAAACAACCUCAACCUUCUUCAACACAAAUUCGUUCUUUAGAAGGCGGGUUUCCUACUCUUUUAGUUUUUGUGAUACUUGGAUUGGCUUGGCUAGUUGGUUUUGCUUCUAGACUUUUUGCCAUUGUUCGGUUUGAAUCGAUAAUUCAUGAAUUCGAUCCUUGGUUUAAUUACCGUUCAACUCAAUAUAUGGUGGAGAACGGAUUUUAUAAUUUUUUGAAUUGGUUUGAUGAAAGAGCUUGGUAUCCACUUGGACGUAUCGUUGGUGGAACUAUUUAUCCUGGAUUGAUGUUAACAAGUGGAUAUAUUCACUAUUUACUUUCUUGUUUGAAUAUACCUGUCCAUAUACGAGAUAUUUGUGUUUUCCUUGCCCCAACAUUUAGUCGUUCUGUUGCUGGUUCUUAUGACAAUGAAGGAAUUGCUAUUUUUGCUCUUCAAUUCACUUAUUUUCUCUGGGUUCGUUCUGUCAAGACUGGAUCUGUUUUUUGGGCGGUUCUCACUGCUUUGUCUUAUUUUUACAUGGUUUCAGCGUGGGGCGGUUAUGUUUUUAUUAUUAAUUUAAUUCCUCUUCAUGUUCUUGUUUUGGUUAUUAGUGGAAAUUACACAAACAAGAUUUACAUUGCUUACACAACUUUUUAUAUUCUUGGCCAACUUAUGGCAAUGCAAGUACCUUUUGUCGGCUUCCAGCCAUUGGUUGGUGCUUUGAAAUUUGUCCAAGGACGUUUAACUCAAAAACAAUUUUUUGCUUUAUUUGCCGGUGUUAUUCUUUUUACUUUUUCUAUUGGAAUUUUGAUUUUAAUGCUUUUAACAUAUGCUGGUUAUGUUGCUCCUUGGACGGGUCGUUUUUAUUCACUUUGGGACACCGGUUAUGCCAAAAUACACAUUCCUAUAAUUGCUAGUGUUAGCGAACAUCAACCUACAACUUGGGUCUCUUUCUUUUUUGAUUUGCAUAUUACCGCUGCUGUCUUUCCUGCUGGACUCUGGUUUUGUGUUAAAAAUGUUAAUAGUGAACGUCUUUUUGUUAUUCUUUAUGCUGUUACUGCCGUUUAUUUUGCUGGUGUAAUGGUCAGGUUAAUGCUUACUCUAACUCCUGUUGUUUGUGUCCUUUCUGGCAUAGCUUUCUCUUGUAUUUUUGAAAAAUAUAUGCUUGAAGAUGUUGAACAGAAGAAAGCUGGUGAAGGAAAGGAUUUGAAAGAUGGGAUGGGAGCAACAAAAAGCUGCUCAAACAGCUGCAGCUUCAUUUAG